ACAAGAUCAUGAACUGAGGUGUAUUGCAAAGAUCUGCAUGAUGGGACAGUAAAUCGUCUCUCCUCUAUCCACGUCCACGCAACACAACAAAGGGGAGUCAGUGUGGGGAGAGAUUUUCAGCCAUUUGGAAGAAAGGAGAUAGAGACCAACUGGGAAAGAGGAGUUCAAGAGGUUUGAUAGAAAUCCUAUUCCUUUGGUCAAAGUAAAGAUUGGGAUGGGUGUGGGAGCUUUGAUUCUACUUGGUUUGCUCGCGUUUGUGUUGUGGUGCGGAAUCCAGUGCAUCCGGCAGAUUGGAACUCCCGGGUUUAAGACUUGGCCCCUGUUCGGUGUCACUCUGGAGGUGGCCGCGAACUAUCACCGGCUUUACGACUGGCUCUCGUGGAAUUUCCAGGUCAAGGAGACGAUGACAAUGUCCGCCACCAUGCCCGGACGAAGCUUCCUCUUCACGGUGGAUCCAGCAAACGUGGAGCACAUCCUCAAGACCAACUUCGCCAAUUAUCCAAAGGGGGAGGAUUUUCAAGAGAUUUUCCAGCCCCUGCUCGGGAAUGGGAUCUUCAACUCAAAUGGAGAGGCGUGGAGAUUCCAACGCAAGACUGCCAGCUUCGAGUUUGCGUCGCGGGUGUUGAGGGAUGUGAGCUGCAGGGUUUUCAAAGAUCACGCGCUCAAACUCGCCAGGAUUGUCCAUGGUAGUCAGGAAUCGGGAGGAUCUUUGGAAAUGCAGGAUUUAUUCAUGAGGAUGACUCUGGACACAAUUUGCUACCUCGGUUUCGGCCUCCAUCUCGGCGUCCUCGCUCCAAAUCUCCCCCGGAACGACUUUGCCACGGCCUUCGAUGCCUGCAACGCCAUCAUCUCCUACCGCUGUGCAGACCCUUUCUGGAAACUCAAGAGGUUCCUCCGGAUUGGACUGGAGCGUAACCUCCAGCGCCAUCUCCAAGUCGUGGAUGAUUUCACUCACAGCAUCAUACAGCAGAGGAGGCUCCAGCUCCAAGAUCAGUACAAACACCACCAACAUAGCAAACAAGAUUUACUGUCGAGAUUCAUGCUGCUAGACGAGAGCUUCUCCGAUGAUCAUCUCCGCGACGUGAUCCUCAACUUCGUCAUCGCCGGGAGGGACACCACCGCCAGCACUCUCUCGUAUUUCACCUACAUGAUAGCCUCCCAUCCGGAUUGCGCCACCAAAAUCUACCAGGAGCUCCACGAGUUUGAAGAACUCCAGCUCAGUGACAAUUCCCAUCGCCCAAGCAGCUUCGAGGACAAGAUCCACGGAUUUACCCAGCUGCUAACAUACGAAUCGCUGGCCAAGCUCGUCUAUCUCCACGCCGCGCUCAUGGAAACUCUCAGGCUCUUCCCUGCCGUACCUCUGAACUUCAAACGAGCUGCCACGGAUGAUGUUCUUCCAUCGGGUGCUGUGGUGAAAAGAGGAUCCACGGUUUCAUACGUGCCGUAUUGCAUGGCUCGUGUUGAAUCAAUCUGGGGCUCCGAUGCAUCGCAGUUUCGUCCCGAGAGAUGGCGCAGAGAUGGAGCCUGGGAUUUCAGCGUCUCUCCAUUCAAGUUCACGGCAUUCCAGGCAGGGCCCCGCAUUUGUUUGGGCAAAGACAGUGCCUUUUUGCAGAUGAAGAUCACAGCAGCACUCCUGUGCCGAUUUUUCGAGUUUCAACUUGUUCCUGGGCAGAUUCUGACGUACCGAGUCAUGGCCACCAUCUCCCUUGUGAAUGGUGUCAAAGUCACCACCUCCAACUGCACCUGAGAAUAAGAGAAUUGGAAUUUUUGGGUCCUUAUAUAGAAUAAGGAAAAAAACUGUCCAUUUUCUCUGUCUCAUAAGAUCAAUUGAAAGUUAGUACUUUCUUUGUUGUUA